AUAUUUUGCCAUUCUAUGCCAGUAAACUGUAGUUGCCUUUGAACAUGAAGUGUUUGGUGAUUUGCGUCGUGUUGCUCGGAGUUUUACUCCUGUGUUCCGCAAAACAUGAGCGUUCCAGAAACAAUUCUGGAAAGCAUCGACAUUUCAAGCACAGGGGCAGGAAACUAAUUUGCCGUCUACUGGACGAAAUUGAACAUCUGAAGAGGCAGUUGGCUAAGUGCCAAGGUAUCGAAGAGGGAUCAGGGUCAGCUACGGAUGCACCAGUCACUGAAGAACCAAUCACCGAGGCACCAACCACCGAGGCUGCAGUGAUAACAACAUUAGCGGCUUGCCCAGACCAGUUUCCCUUACAGUGCUACACGGGUAGAUCAUGUAUCGGGAUGAAGGGGAGAGUAGAUACGAAUUACUCAUGUCCAGUUCGAGGAGAGGUGUGCUGUGUGCUGCGCAAGUGAUUGGUCAAACCUAAACGUUCGAGUUUCCUAUCGAAUUAAAGUCUUCUGCACUGAU